AUGGUUAAGAGCCGGUGGGCGCCGUUUGCCCACUGUAAAGCGAGUAUAGCGGCUGGAUUCGCGCAAGUGUGUCGGCAUGGGCAACAGUGGCCAUGGGCAAAGGUGGGCAAACGGCGCCCACCGGCUCUUAACCAUCGACCUGCAUCCAGUUUACUUGUUCCGGAAAUGGCCAGCUUGUUGCCAGCUUGGCUCAUCCUUGGACCUUGGCUCACCAACCUGCCGUUGACCUCGGCACCCCCUCUCAAUUCCGGCGGAAUCCAUUGGAACUCCAUUCAGAAUCCAGCGGAAUCCAUUGGAAUUCCAUUCAGAAUCCGGUGGAAUCCAUUGGAAUUCCAUUCAGAAUCCAGCGGAAUCCACUGGAAUUUGAGAUUCCUACCAUUCCAGCGGACUCCGGAUGGAAUUCCGACAUUCUAUGGGAGUCCGCCGGAACUCAUGGGGGAGGGUAAAGUACUGCAAUUUGGGCAGAAACUGUUUGACGCCAUGGAUCCUUACAACCUCAAAAUUCUGAAGGACAACGAUAGGGCUGUUCCCAUCAUAAAGAUUGUCUUUGCCUUGGCAGCAAAAAAGCCUUCGCUCAAAGUUGUCCGCAAGAAUGCAUCAGCAAGUUACCAGGCCAUCAUCUAUGAGAUCUGGUGUGCUGGUCUCUCCCCAGAAGUUUUGCACCCUGUUAAAGAAAAAGGUGUUUGGGAAGCGCUCUUGCAGGCAUCCUAUGGUUGGAAGGCGCUCUAUGCCACCCCUUCCGAUGUAGCCAAGAAACUUCGGCAAUCUGCCACUCCUGGUGCCACACAAGAGGACGGACAUUACUCUUGUUGGGCGACAAGGGAGGAUUGA